GGCGCGCACCCGAACCGCGCGGCACCCGCUCCGCUCGGGCCUCAGGGUCGGGCGAUGGCUCCUCAGUAGCGAUGAGCCAGCCAGCCUAGGCGACACUGGAGGCGGCCCUCGGCGUACGCGGAGGACGGAGCUGACCGCCUCCACCGGAGCAUGCCCAGAUGGCUGUUUCUUCUGACACUGGACUUGGAACAAGAAUUACAUGAAACGACCUGAUUCCAACCUGCGUUCUAGAGCUGAACCCAGCUGAACCACAGCUGUGCACAGAUCCGCGAGCAAGAAAUGCAUGUCCUUAUCGUGUCAUCUGUGCUGAGGUGGGCCUGCAUUCCAGGAUGGUUUGUUCUUGGGACCAGACCUGACCAGAAGUUGACCUCAUGAGCACGUCAGCCCCUCCAGCUGCCAUGCUCCUCCGGAGGCUGAGGCGGCUCUCCUGGGGCAGCACUGCUGUCCAGCUCUUGAUCUUAACAGUGGUGACGUUCGGCUUGCUGGCCCCCCUGGCCUGUCACCGCCUUCUGCACUCUUAUUUCUAUCUGCGCCAUUGGCAUCUGAACCAAAUGAGUCAAGAGUUCCUGCAGCAAAGUUUGAAAGAGGGUGAAGCUGCCCUCCACUAUUUUGAGGAGCUGCCCUCUGCCAACGGCUCAGUGCCCAUUGUCUGGCAGGCCACCCCCCGCCCCUGGCUGGUCAUCACCAUCAUCACUGUCGACAGGCAACCUGGCUUCCACUACGUCUUGCAGGUGGUGUCCCAGUUCCACCGGCUUCUUCAACAGUGUGGCCCCCAGUGCGAGGGCCACCAACUCUUCCUGUGCAACGUGGAGCGUAGUGUAAGCCAUUUCGAUGCCAAGCUGCUGUCUAAGUACGUCCCCGUGGCCAACCGCUAUGAGGGCACCGAGGAUGAUUAUGGCGAUGACCCUUCAACCAACUCAUUUGAGAAGGAGAAGCAGGACUAUGUCUAUUGCCUGGAGUCCUCCCUGCAGACCUACAACCCAGACUACGUCCUGAUGGUAGAAGAUGAUGCUGUUCCAGAAGAGCAGAUCUUCCCAGUCCUGGAGCACCUUCUGCGGGCUCGCUUCUCCGAGUCCCACCUCAGAGAUGCCCUCUAUCUGAAGCUCUAUCACCCCGAGAGGCUCCAGCACUACAUCAACCCUGAGCCCAUGCGGAUCCUGGAGUGGGUCGGUGUGGGCAUGUUGCUGGGGCCCCUGCUAACCUGGAUAUACAUGCGGUUUGCCAGCCGUCCGGGGUUCAGCUGGCCUGUCAUGCUCUUCUUCUCCCUAUACAGCAUGGGUCUCGUGGAGCUGGUGGGCCGGCACUAUUUCCUGGAACUGCGGCGGCUGAGUCCUUCCCUGUAUAGUGUGGUCCCUGCCUCUCAGUGUUGCACCCCAGCCAUGCUUUUCCCUGCCCCUGCGGCCCGCCGGACCCUCACCUACCUGUCUCAGGUGUACUGCCACAAGGGCUUUGGCAAGGAUAUGGCACUCUACUCACUGUUGAGGGCCAAGGGGGAGCGGGCCUACGUGGUGGAGCCCAACCUCGUGAAGCACAUUGGGCUCUUCUCCAGCCUCCGGUACAACUUUCAUCCCAGUCUGCUCUAGUGUUCCAAGAAAUGCCUUUCUGAAAUUGGCCAUUCUUGGCGAUUCCGAUAUCGAGCUCUGUCUUUGGACGUGGUUGCUUGCAGUCAUUUCAUUGUUUAAGGUUGUUAGGGAUCUAGGCACUGAGGCAGCUGAGAACAUACACAUCAAGAACCUUGGCUUUGGUAACUCCAGCAGGAUCAGAUGUUGGCCCUGAGUUGGGACCCCUCUCCCUCCACACAGCCAUACUGCCUCAUGCAGUUGACCCACCCACCGAGGGGGCAUUUACAUACCAGUUCUAUUCUCCGACUGUUUUCAGCAAUGCUUUGUGAUAGAGCUGGUAACUGCCAAAAAUAGUGUGCAUAAAGAUAGGACUGUUUUAGGAUUUUAAGGGUAGAAUUUGGUGAAAGGUGAGAUCCUUUUGAAUUGAUUUCUUUCUUUCCAGGCAUGAGAAUGGACGUGUGUCCAAAGAGGCAGGACCAUGUUGCUAGGUUCCAUUUGUUUCUUUGACCUGGUGUAAUAAAAGCCAGUAAAAUCCAUUGCAGGGCCUGGCGACUUGGAGGCAGGUGAUCACGUUUCUGUUUCCUGGUGUUUUUUCCCCCACACAUCUGUAGUGUACUGCUAGUCAAUACCGCUAGUGAGAACUUUAAGUCACAGCAAGAUCUACAGGCACCUUCUGGAUCAUCAAAACCAGAUUUCUUAUGUUCAGUAGUGAUUCAGUGGCUCUCUCCCUCAUUGAGGGAAAUUGAAUAUUUCUGUCAUAUUCUGAUUCUUUGAAAAUUGGACAUUGCAGAAUGAUAUAAAAUGGGUGAGCUCACUAAUAGCGUAUCCUUUUCCCUUAUUUUUCUGGCUAACCAUUCACCCUCACUUUUUUCUUCUUCUGGAUAUUAUGGUGUAAGAGAAAGAAAAAAUGUAGACUGUGAAGUCAGAAGGCCUGAAUUUUUAUUUCAGAUCUCUGCCAUGCCCUAGUGACGUGAACUUGGGCAAGUUAUGACCACUCUGAGUCUUAGAUUUUUCCACCUGUAAAACGGGGAUAAUGAUACCUACCUUUUAAAGUUGCCUUGAGGAUUAAAUGACAGAAUGUAUGUAAAACACCUAGCAAGUGCUUAUCCCAUAGAAGGCACUUGACGAACACUAGUUCUUUUCCUAGAAUAAGCAUAUGAAAUUCAAGUGUAUUUUGGAUAAAGAUAUUAGUGAUACUGUUUAAAAUGUGCAGUAGGGCAUAGGGCUUCCACAUGGGGAGCAGUCAUUCUGGACCAAACUACUAGAAUAAAAGCUGACUUGGCAUUGUGACUUGUGAAGAAGGUGUAGCUCAGCUUUCAUCUGGCGCCUCUUCCAACCAAGCCAAAAAUAAUUGUUCAUUUAAAUGGGAAAUGGUCUGAGACUCCUCUUGAGUUUAUUCCAAGACUAGCAUCUGAAAAUUACUUUUCUCCAAAGUUCCACGUAGAUGUCCUCGGACAAUAUUUAUCAAGCCAGUGGCCAACAAGUCCCUUUGUGAGGAUGUGUGUCUACAUUGGAUUUCAAGUGUGUUGUGUGGAUCAUUUGUUUUGGUGCCAUGCCUUCUUUUGCUUUUUAAAUUUCUGGUAAGCUUCCAUUUGGAGAACCCCUCAAGAGCACUGAGGCAGUACAUGGGGGUUCCACACCACAUUUUGCAGAUGGACAAACCGAGACCAAGGGAUACGAAACAACUUCUCUGGGUUCACACGGCUGGACAGCAGCAGAGCCAGGAUGGGAACGUAGCUCCUCUCAGUUCCUGCACUUUUUUCUUAACCACAUUCAUUUUAUAAAUAUCUAUGUAGUCAAAUUCUCUUUUGUAGAAUCUGUAACCUGGACUGAAAAAAUGUCUCUGUAAGCUAACAUGGUAGACCCUCAUUGUCCCGUUGGUCUUGGGGAACAAACAGGCAUAAGUAUGUGUUGUGUUGUUAUCGUGAGAUGUUACAUGUCCCUCAAGAAUGUCCAAAGUGAGCAGAGCUACUAGAUGACUUAUCAAGAUGUUCAGACUCCACUGCUAAAUUCAUCUUCUCUCAGAGACUGGUUUAUCCCCGUGUUCAGGAACAGAACUGCCUUCAACCUACAACUCAUUAGCAUUUGUUCCAUUAACAAAUGGAUCUCCUCAUGAAUGUUUGGUGCCCAACGACAGGAGAGUCCAAUCUAAGCUAGCCAGGCAGAAGAUAGGGAAUCAUUGCUGGUUUAUAUUUCUGCUCUUUCUAAUUCAGUUGUCUACCGCAUGCAGACAUCCCCUCCCUUGACUCCUGGAUGGCUAAAGCCAUUUUUGCCUUGUCUCAUUUCUCUGCCUACACAAAGACACCUUCCCCCAUAGAUCUUAACUAGAGUCUACCGUCCUUGGACAUUUUCUGCAGAUGCAGGCUCCAUUCUGCCAUUUUGUCCCCACCCGCAUCUGGCUCUCCCUCAUACCUGGAGUCCAUUUUUUGUAUGUUGUCCUUCAUUAGGACAGUUGACAGCUUUACACCAAAGCUGAAGUCUCAUUUAAUCCUAAGCAAGGGGGCUAGAGGAGAACUAAAGUCCCCUUCCCAUAACAAAGGACAUAGGUCACCGGGAGGAUGAAGGUAUCUAACAGAACCUGCUCACCUUUCAGGGUUUAAAUUAUGAUCAGGCCUAAGAAGCUCCCUAUUGCGACUGAGUGUAUUUGCAUAGACAUAUCAGUUCCAAUAAAAGCAGCUGUUCCACUGAG